GCUGCUGUUUCAAGUCGGCAUGUAAACAGUGACGGACAUAUCCAACACAGUAAUGUUAGGACACCGUUGCAGCUAGCCGGUCAAAUUAAGUCGCAUAUUUACCCAAAUGAAAGUAAUUUGAAAUCAUAUUUUAGGAUAAACAGCAGUCAUGAGACUGCACCAGACCCUCCGGAGUGUCUCAAAGUUCAGGACCGCUUUCGACUUUGGAGGACGGGAGGUGGCUCACUGGUUCCCCGGACACAUGGCUAAAGGACUGAAGCAGAUGAGAGCCAGCCUGAAGAAUGUGGACUGUAUCAUAGAGAUCCAUGAUGCCAGAAUCCCCUUCUCUGGAAGAAACCCUGUGUUUAAGGAGACUUUAGAUGUCAGACCACAUCUGCUCAUUCUCAACAAGAUGGACCUUACUGAUCUGUCAAAGAAGCAGAGUAUCCUGAAUAAGCUAGAAAAGCAGGGGGUGAGGAAUGUUCUUUUCACAGACUGUUUAAAGCAGAGAGAUGACAACGUCCAAAAGUUGGUGCCAACGGCUUUGGAAAUAAUCCAGAGCAAACCACGAUUCAAUCGAGAAGAGAACACAAAUUAUUGCCUGAUGGUGAUUGGCGUGCCUAAUGUGGGGAAGUCAUCUCUUAUCAACUCAUUAAGAAGAACAAACUUAAAAAAAGGCCGUGCAUCUCGUGUCGGGGGAGAACCAGGUAUAACUAAAGCAGUUUUGACUAGGAUUCAGGUGUGUGAGAGACCCAUAGUGCACCUGCUGGACACACCAGGAGUCUUGCCCCCUAAGAUUGAGAGUGUUGAAACAGGAAUGAAGCUGGCUUUAUGUGGAACUAUCCUGGACCAUUUGGUGGGUGAAGAUAUUAUUGCAGACUAUCUUCUUUAUUCUCUAAACAGGCUUGAGAAGUUCAGGUAUGUGGAGAAAUAUGACCUCCAAGAGCCGAGCGAUAACAUUCAACACACCCUUAAACGCAUCGCUAUAAAACUUGGGAAGACUCAAAGGGUCAAAGCCAUCACUGGAGUGGGUAAUAUAACCGUCACCAUCCCAAACUACACAGCAGCAGCAUACGAUUUUAUACGAGCCUUCAGGAAAGGAGAGCUGGGUCAAGUAAUGCUUGACUGACCGAAGCCAUUAGCAAAUAUAACCAGAGACUGUUAGAUGUUGCUCUCGGCUUGAGACAAUUUUCUUUGUACCACAAAAGGAAAUCUCUGCUGUCUCUUUCCUUUGAGGUUGAAUGUAUUUUUUUAUGAAUGAAAUAUGUAAGAUUCAGCAGUGUUCUGUAUCUUGUGUAAAUAAAAGAUUCUAACUCAA